GACUUUCUGUGACGUGAUAGUAUACGUGACCGUGCACUGCGCUGCAUGCACUGCAAAGCCAAACUUGUUUUUUCUUGUCAUACGAGGAUAAUUUAAGGAUAUUUGCAUCUCAGCAGUUAAAAAGAAGGGUAUUGAGGCUACACUACACCAGCUCAAGUCUUCAGUGCCUGGAACCCCUGACCGGAACACCAUGUAGCCUUUUCCUGUGCCAACUUGAAGGCUAGAGGAGAGAACUGGUGCUGAAAGAGCAGAGACUUCAGUUACUGUAGCAGAUCAAUAGACGGAUAGAUAUCAAAGAUACAAUGCUCCACUCAAGAAGGACAACCAGAACUGGGUCCAGAAGCUUUCCAACUCAUCUGACAUCCUUGAGAACUGGAUGACUACCCAGAGCCUACAGAUGGCCCAUACUCUGAACCCGGGUUUAACUUAAACCAUACUCCAAAUUUGCGGUUUAAUUAUGGGAAGCCAUCUGUGACAUCCUUUCUAGUUAAAGGGGAAUCCAACCCAAAUAAAAACUUGUUUUUAUAAGAAAAGGAAAAAUCAGACAAGUUGAUAGGUGAAAGUUUGAACAAUAUUGGACAAACAACAAGAAAGUUAUGAUUUUUUAAAAGUUGUAAAUAUUGGUAAUCACUAUACCCAUGGAGACUUCGAAGUGGCUGCAUAUGGGAUGUCAUAUGAUGUAAGGCAAGGACUACUCUUCCAUGUACUCCAAUACAUAUUAUGGCUAAAUUGUCAUUUUCCCCAAAAGUUUUAUUUCAAAUUAUAUUUUUCUUUCAUGAGGACAAAAAACAAUACACUACCUGGAUUAUAUUUAGAUUACUGCCCCAGGGGAAUGGGUACUUAGGAGAAAACCACAAAUCCCUGAUAAUAAAGUACAUGGCCUAUGGGGAAGUUGGCCUUGCCCCUUGUCAUAAUUUACUUACCCAGUUGCCAAUUUGAAAUCUACAUACUAUUAGUGAUUUCAAUUUAAAAGCAGCUAUAACUUUCUUAUUGCUUGUCCGAUUUCUUUCAAACUUUCGCCAUUCUGUUUAAUUUAUUUUUGUCCUUCCCAACACAACAUUUUAUGGCUAAGGCUGGAUUCCCCUUUAAAGAUAAAUUUAUCAUUACAUUUGGCAUUCAAAUCAUUAAAACAAAUUUGAAUUGAUAAAUACAAUAUGUUUCAUCACCAUCAAAACACAAAAAAUCCCAGUAAACUCAAAAGAAGACUCAUAUUGUAACAAAGUCUUGACAAUUUUAGCUUCCCAUAAUUUAAGCCGAAAAUUAUUUAAAUCGGAGUUCAGAAUACUGGCCUAUGGGUCUACCUUGGGGAUGUAGUUGUUGGUGGAGCCAUCACAAAAAACCUUGUUGGAUGUUACAUCACACUAGCCCAGGCAUUGAGAUGAGCAUGGGUGUAGCACCUGCCAGUCCUUCAAGGACGGGGAAAACAGCAACCAACAAGGAUAUGGACAAACCUCUAGGUGGUAGCUGCUCUGAUCAGACGGACUUUGAAGUAUCUGGAAAGGAUUUACAAAGAUGUUACAUCACUCUAGCCCAGGGGUUGGGUAUGAGUAUGGGUGGAGCACCUGCCGAUCCUGCAGGGAAGGGAAAAACAUCAACCAACAAGGAUAUGGACAAAUCUCUAGGUGGCGGUCUUCAGCUGCUCUGAUCAGAAUGACUACAAAGGUCAUACUCAAUCUGGCAGCUGGGGAUAAUUUCGAUGGUAUUGAGCUUCCUGUGCUGUCUGUAGCUGCACAACAGAUUGUCAUUGUACUUUCUGCCAAGAAAGAGAGAAAGAAGGAGCUUGUCUUCAUGGAUGGAGAUGUGGUAGACUUGAAUCCAGAGUCCGGUCUCUCCCUCACCGUGAACCAUGGAUAUGCUGGUUGCCAGUAGCUACCUUGGAACUUGAAGAUCCUAUCCAGAUCAGAAGCCAUCUUUGUCUUCUUUCGUCACUACACAAGUCCUAUCCAGUGGAGGGUACAAGAUCUGGCUUUGAGGUUAAAAGACUCCAGAUCUUCGGCAGUGUACGGCUCUGGUAGGAGGGGGCAGAGCAAAAUUUGUUGCAUCGUCUGAUCCUCCCCACAGUUACAGGCAGUUUCUCCAUCCCUACAGCAGUCCCUUUUCUGCAUAAGGACUUUGCAUCAACCUGUUCCAGUUCGCAGGCGAUUCAGACAUGACCAGUAGCCAUGUUGGUACCUGAUAGACAGACCAUUGUGAGGCUCAAACUGGCCAGCUUUGGUUUCCAGGAAAAUGUCAUACUCGUUCGGAAGUUCUACACCUACAUCUGCAACGUUUGUGAAGAAGAACUCACAAAACAGCUGUUUUAACAAGGGAAAGAAUGCCAGGAGAUUGGCAAACGGAUUCUGACCUCCUGGAUGUCUUGACGAACGUUAAGGACGUUAAGGACCUACCAACUCUUUGACUGAGGCGAAGGAGACGGUGAAGUCUUGGAAAGCACUGGUUGAACUAAUGUCACUCAGUGCACAAAAUGGAUACACCCCCUAUCUUGUGACAACCAUCUUCCACAAAUAAAUGAGAGAGAUGUUCUACCAAAGACAAGGACAUGACACCAGUCUUGAAUCAUCAUCUACGCGCAGGGUUGGCUGUUAAACACCGGAAUGUCUGGUUUGAACAUUUGUUGUUACUGUUACUGUUAUUUUUGUGUAGUAUGAUUUUUAAAAAAGAGAUUCCAUUCACUAUCUACACUCUCUGUCUGGUGUUAACCAUAUUCAGAAUCUCUAAUCUAAAAUAUCUCCCAUUUGAUGAAAACCUGAAUUUUAAUGUGAAUCAUCUGCUAUUUUAUGGCGUG